UGAGAGAGAUUUGUAAAGCGCUACUGUUGUGUGCGGAUGUUAAACUUUUUCGGUACUACAACGCUUAAAUGAAAGGAGGACUAAACCGGCUACUUUAGAUACUUGUAUAUUAAACUAUUAUCGUCUGUAAUAAUCUAUAACCAUGCCUAAGGACACUGUCGUCAAGCCAGCAACCGUGACCUGCACUGCGCCAGUCAAUAUAGCUGUUGUCAAAUAUUGGGGAAAAAGAAAUGAGGGCUUGAUUUUACCCAUUAAUUCAUCCCUGAGUGUCACACUUCAUCAAGAUCAGCUGAAAACCACGACGACAGUAGCAUCGUGCAGAUCAUUUCAGGAGGAUCGUAUCUGGCUCAAUGGCAAAGAGGAAGACAUUAACCAUCCCAGACUACAGUCCUGUCUAAGGGAAAUUAGACGGCUAGCAAGGAAGAGGCGCAAUGACGGGGACUCCAGUGUGGAUGUGGGUUGCUUGUCCCAUAAAGUCCACAUCUGCUCUGUCAACAACUUUCCCACGGCUGCUGGCCUGGCCUCCUCUGCCGCUGGCUUCGCCUGUCUGGUGUACACAUUGGCAAAGGUGUAUGGAGUAGAUGGGGAGUUGUCCGGCAUCGCCAGACAGGGCUCUGGCAGUGCAUGUAGGAGUAUGUACGGAGGAUUCGUCCAAUGGAUCAUGGGAGAGCGAGAAGACGGCAAGGACAGUGUUGCCCAGCAAGUGGAGCCAGAGUCCCAUUGGCCCGAUCUCAGAGUCCUUGUACUGGUGGCCAGUGCUGAACGUAAACCAGUGGGCAGCACCGCCGGCAUGCAAACCAGCGUUGAAACAAGCAGCCUCCUUAAGCACCGGGCUGAGUCUGUGGUCCCCGACAGAAUGAAGCAGAUGAUUGAGGCGGUGCAUAAGAAGGACUUUGCUACCUUUGCGGAGCUGACCAUGAGAGACAGUAAUCAGUUCCACGCCACCUGCCUGGACACCUUUCCUCCCAUCUUCUACCUCAACACGGUGUCCCGGCACGUCAUCAGUUUGGUGCAUCAGUACAACCGGCACUACGGUGAAGCAAGGGUGGCCUACACGUUUGAUGCUGGCCCGAACGCGGUCAUCUACACUCUGCAGCAACACGUGGCCGAGUUCCUCCAGGUGGUUCGCCUCGUCUUCCCUCCAGACAACAACAAUGGGAAAACGUUUUUAACUGGUCUACAGGUAGAACCAGUAGAGAUUUCCGAGGAGCUGAAGAAUGCCAUUUGCCUGGAGCCGAUGUCAAAGGGAGUCAGCUACAUUAUCAGCACCCAGGCGGGGCCCGGCCCUCGUGUCUUGGAGGACCCCGGGCAGCAUCUGCUUGGAUCUGACGGGCUACCGAAGCCCGACGCCUAGCUGGGAGUCCAGGCCUCAAGCUGCUAUAGCUAUAGUCACAUUUAAAAGACAGGGAUUUUUGAUAUUGGCUUUUAUUGUGGAUCUGAAAGAGAAACUAUAUCUUCAAUAGCAAUAUAGAGAUAUGGUAUGAUUAUAACACUAGUCUGUACACAAUUGUCAAAUAAGUGAUUGUUCUGGAUUUGUUUUGAUAUAAAAAUGUGUAGAACCAUUUUAAAAUGUUAAAAGGUUGUAAUAAUUUUGUUGUAUAAUAAAACCACAUGUUCUAAGUCCUCUA